CUCUUUUAUCUUUCGAUCCUUUGCUUCAUCCAGAUUAAUCACAGUUCCAAUUCAAUUACCUUUCUUUUUUAGUCACUGUGACUCUUAUGCUCAUUUUUUUUAAAACUCUUAUGCUCAUUGUUCAUAGCUCAUAGGCUUUCUUCUGUUGAAUUCACAAACAUUGUUUUCUCUUCGAUCCGAUUAAUCCCUGAGAGUGGCAUAAUGUGAUUAGUUUUAGUCCUAACAGUCCUCUGUUACAUGUUUAGUUUUACUGUUUAGUUUCAAUUUUGGUACACAGAUAUAAUAAAUUAAAAACGUUUGAGGAGUAACAAAUUGAGUUUGAUGUGAGAAAUUCUCUGUAUAAUAAAUAUGCCAAAGAGACCAUCUUCUGUUUAGCAGUAGUAAUUAUAAGGCUUUUUGAAUCCCCCUUGGCCAUCAGGUUUUGUUAUUUACUCUCACUGGCAAAGCUGAGGAUAAAGUUAUGGCAACAGUAAAAGAGGACCAUUGUGAGGAUUCUCAUAAUUAUAUGGGUUUUGCUCUGCACCAGGCUAAACUUGCUCUGGAGGCACUUGAAGUUCCUGUUGGAUGUGUUCUUCUUGAGGAUGGUAAGGUCAUUGCUUCAGGGCGAAACCGAACAAAUGAGACACGCAAUGCCACAAGACAUGCUGAGAUGGAAGCAAUUGAUCAACUUGUCGGACAGUGGCAGGAAGAUGGACUCUCACCUUCACAAGUCGCUGAGAAAUUCUCGAAAUGCAUUCUUUACGUAACAUGUGAACCUUGCAUAAUGUGUGCAUCGGCAUUAUCGUUUCUCGGUAUAAAGGAAGUGUAUUAUGGAUGUCCAAAUGAUAAAUUUGGGGGAUGUGGUUCCAUUUUGUCGCUUCACUUGGGCAGUUCUCAGUCGUCAGAUAUCAUUGAGGAAUCUCAAAGAGGAAAAGGGUAUAAAUGCAGAGGAGGAAUAAUGGCAGAAGAAGCUGUCUCUCUUUUCAAAUGUUUCUAUGAGCAAGGCAAUCCCAACGCCCCAAAGCCACACCGCCCUGUAGUUCAACGAGAGAGGACUUGAGGUGAACAUAUUGUUAAAACUGAAGUUCUUCGGCGUCUGCAACUACGGCAAUCAGACCUGAAGAUUACGCUUACAGUCCAGUUCAUUACGCCGUCGUUUUGGGAUGAUCAAAGAAUGAAGCCAUCAAUCGAGAGCAGAAGCCAUAAUUUGGGAUUCCAAAAGCUGAUUUAAUAGUUUUGGAUUUUAUUCAGAUACUGAUAAACUAUUACAAUCAAAAUAGCAAGUUCUAUUAUCUAUAUAUCUGAUUUGCCAAA